GUGUUCAAGCAACCCAUCAUCCACAAGAAGGGUAAAUUCCGUGCUGCCCAGAAGAAGCCUGCCAUCAAAAAGGACAAGCUCUGGAAGGACACACCCUACGUCCGAGAUCAGCUCCUGGUUGGUCCGCGUGGACAACGCAAGGACCAGGUUAAAUGGCAACGCAAUCUUCCUGAACUCCUCAUGGCGAGCAACAAGAAGGUCAUCACAAUGCUUGUGGCGGACAAGAUUUUGCCGAAAUGGAAGGGCAAGACGUGUCCCCAUUGUGAGGUUGGUAUCUUGCCCGACCUUUGUGUGGAGAAGCGCACCGGCUUGUACAAACAUCGGUGCAGCUCCCGCCAUUGCCACCAGUACGUGAGCCCGCACCACUUACAUCCGGUAUUCACGGAAGGAAAAGGUUCAGCUUCACGGAGCCUUCAGAUGCAAGCAUCUCUUCUGCUACUCAAACUUCUGCGCGUGCCACAUCCUACCAUCCACGUCCUCUUGAAUGUGAAUCACAAGGCUAUCGAAGACAUGGAGAAAAGGAUUUGCGAUCUUCGUAAAGCAUUCGUGGAAAAGCACGAGAAAAACGUCGUGUUUGGCGAUGGCAGGACCUGGAAAGACGUGGAAGCAGACGAAGCCACAUUUGACAGAAGGGAUAUUUCCCAGGAUGUGAACUUCAAGCACCUGGUGAUGAACAACAAAACCACUACCAUGUGGGAACAGUGGGCGGGGGUAAUCCAGCGAGGGCCCGGAGCAAUCAGGCGCACCGAGUGGAAGACCCUUGGGACCAAACUUCUCAAGGACCGGAAGGUUGUUCUUCACACGGAUGCGGCCCGGUCCUACAAGGCCAAAAUUGCAGGUGUCAUUCACGACAAGGUGGUUCAUGCCAAAAAACGUGUGAAGCGGAAUGGCAAGUUCAUCUGGCAGCAUCCCAAGUAUGUUAAGGUCGUGACCCACAAGAUCCCUAAGUCCAACAAGAAGAUCGUUGUGAAGUCUGGAACACAGAUUAUCGAUCGCUGUUGGAGGUUUUUGAAGGAUCGGGUCAAAGUCAACCAGCACACCAAUGCUGGCAGUAGACAGCUAUGUGCCAAACUGAGGUCUGCUCAAUACGAGUACUGGUACCGUAAUGAGGACCUGUGGCUUAAGUUUGGCGAAUUGUGCGCUGAGAAUAUGCGCAAGUUUUUGAAGUAA